AUGCAAAAGGAGUUCACCACCAUCAACAAGGAUGGGAAGACUGUGUGGGAACCUGGCUUGCCAGCGACCGUCACGGCCCGGCGCCAGCACCGGCCCCAAAAGGGGGCCCCCGUGGUGGAUGAGGCACCCGUGUCCUGCGACCUUCGCCUGACGCUGAAGAUGCCCGGCUCGGGCAAAGCUGAGUGGUUGGAGAAAGCCCUCAAGGCCAUGCCUUCGGGCAAGGCGAAGGUCCAGGAUGUUUUCAACAUCAUCACCCAUCCGAAGUUCGCCUCGGGAGUUGGCGAGAAGUAUGGCAAGAGGAUGCUUCAAGUCGUGGCGGAGAGUAUGGACCUAUUCUCUGACAAGCAGCGGAUCACCUUGUCGAGGUGCAAGCUGGCGGAGCUUUUCCAGCCUGGCGGCGCUGGAGAGGCCAAGGAUGACGACUCCGAGGGCGAGACGCCGCCGGAGGCGGAACUUGCGAUCGUCGCCGGGGCUGUUGCGGAUCUUGGGGCUUCACGAAGCCUGCUUCCUCUGCACAGCGACUUGAAGCUGGAGGAUGCGAUCAGUGUUCUGAAGUUUCGCCAGACUCUCCGAGAGGAUGCUGAUGAGUUUCCGAGGCCAAGAAGUGUGGACUAUGUCAGUGCUGCAGCUCCCUCGACGCCAGCUGAGCGUUCAGGUUUGCUUGAAGAUUCCUGGAGAAGUACAGACUCGCGUCGGCCCUUCACAACGCCAGCUGGGGCUGUGCGGCCGGGGCUUUCCAGGUCGAACACCUGCAACUCAUCACUGUCGUUGCUGGGAAGCGAUGUCUUGCGCCCCAAGUCCAUCAUCGUGGACGAGCCCAUCCCGCCACGAUUGGUGAACAUGCUCAAGCAAGCAGCAGAUUUCGAGCAGCAGUCCAAAGAGAAGAGCAGCGCAUCAAGGCGCUCGCUCUUCACCCAGUCAUGCGGCUCUUUGCGUUCCAAAUCGAGCUUGGCCUCAAGGAUGGGAAGAGCAAGAUCCCUCCGGCAGCAGACGUCUCGUGUGCUGGAAAGCCGUGGUCGACGCCCUGCCGGGCCGCGGCAAGGAUGGCCGCGGACCAUUGGCGGCGGCCGUCUACCAGAGAUCAAAGGCUGUGUCAGCGAUGCAGAGAAGCAAAAGGUCAAGGACUUGCCCAAGAGCUCUGCCAAAGCAAGGGCCAAGAAACAUUCUGGCCCUCAGGAGGUCUCGCUGGAAGCUGCCUGUGCCUUUUGGAACAUGGUAAAUCCAGUGGAGGAGCGUCGUGGUCAGCAGGCUCGGCAUCAGAGCAAGGACAGCCACACAGGAGCGAAGUACGACCAGGAUCCUGUCAGCCGUGUGUUGAAUGCGGGACCCGGAGCUCCUGAGUUAGCUCGAGCUGUUGGCUUGCCGGUGCAGGUUGCCAAGGAGGCGGCGAGUUUGUUCCGUCAGUUUGGCAGCAUCCCUCCGAAAGGCAUUUUUGAAGGCAAGCUGGAACUUUCACGGCUACCCGAGGUUUUGGUUGCCCUUUGUGAUGUGACCGACAUCUCUGAAAUCUCGGCGGCAUUUGUGGAUUGGGCCUUGAAAGCAGCAGACAGAGAUUCGGGCACCUCAAUGAAUGUGCAAGAAUUUGCGAUAUGGUACUCUUCCUUCUGCUUUGCAGAGGAAGUUACGGUUAAACCAGAGGUUCGCGAGACCCGCGAACUGGCACGCCAGAUGGGUUUGGAGAUCAGUCAAAUAGAGCAGUUCAAGGUGGCUUUCGACAGGUAUGACGAGGAUGGAAGUGGAGAGAUCGAGUUUGAGGAGUUCUCCAACAUGGUGCAGGAGUUGCUGAAGAUACCUCAUGGACAAGAGUUGCCUCAUGACCGCUUGAUGACGAUGUGGCGGUCAGCCGACAUGCAACAGAAGGGCUGUCUUGACUUUCGCGAGUUUUGUUUCUUCUACUUCCGGAUGGUGGCCACAGAAGAAGGAAGUGACCCGAUCGCAGACUACUACCGCAAUCUGCGUCACGUGCCUGUUGCCCCAUGA